AUGGCCUCCGACAGAACAGCCACCGCCAUUGACAGCUUAAUAAACCACCUGAUCCCAAACAAUCCAAGCCAUGAUGAAGACGAGGCCCAGGAUCAACACGACGGACACUUUGAGCUGGUCAAGUCCAUAAUACGAAAGCAUUCCGACGUCCCCGUAUCUGCAGACGUGAACCAUGCGUCCGAUCUGAUCAAGCGCAAACUCAUACAAACGAACCCCAGCCAAGCGCUCCGAUUCUCCAACCUAUACUCCCGACUCCUUGCCGUACCUGUUCUUGAGCACAAAUGGGCUAUUCUACAUCUCCUAUAUCUUCUUUCCGACUCACCGGAUCCAUCAGAGCCGCUGCCUCUGAGCCCUGUCAAGCCAUCUGCCCCCAACUACCGAGAGGCCAUCAAUCGCGAGGCAACGAAGCGGCAAGAAAGAGAACGUGCGAAAACACCGAACAUGAUGUCUUCAAAAUAUGAAGAUGUUCAAUUCAGAGAGUCGUUUCAGCCAGAUGGCUCUAGAGCAGCCCCGGUUGCGGACACAAGACAUGGCGAUGGUCGGAGCCGGGAGGCCUCGUUGCAGGAGACACUUCAGACAAACAAUUACGCCGAACUUGAUCCACCAGAAACAAGUCUGCUGCGUGAUCUCCCAUUUACUCUUCAAGGGCUUUCGUCGACCACGCUGCCGUUCUCAAGCCCAGAUACACUGGCGCUCCCUGCGACGCUCCCCCUCGCCCUUGUGUCGAUUUUGCAUGCACUGGCCGAGCCCUCGUUGCUCUACCGUCAACUGGACGCAUUCUGCAAAACUCCUGCCAGUGGCUUGAUGGGUCAGAGCUUGCGUUCCGGUAUUGGAGGGGAGUUGCGAGCAUAUUUGACUCUCAUUGCGACACUAGAGGCCCAAAUUCGACGUGCACUGGCGUCAGUGGACGAGGGCGCGCCGCGCGGUGGCAUUGGAAAGGCUGGAAUCACGCUGAAACGGUGUGUAAUGUGGACAAGAGAGGCCACGAUGGGCUUGCGACUUAUGAGUCUUGUGGCGGAAGAGUCUGAAAGUAAGCGUGGUGGCCAAAUAAUUUCAUUGAUCCAUGGAUUCGCAGCGACUCACGGCGACCCAAUUGUCUCGACGUUUGCGGAGCGACUGCUAGGCACGUGUACUCGACCUUUUUAUGAUAUUCUGCGCCAUUGGAUAUACGAUGGGGAGUUGUCUGAUCCGUACCAAGAAUUUUUUGUGCGAGAGCAGGCGGUCCAGCCCGACCCGGCAAAGCUCAAGGGUGCUGGCAACGUUUGGGAAGACAAAUUUGAGGUUGCAGACGACAUGAUCCCCAGCAUAAUGACGCCAGACUUUGCCCAAAAGGUGUUUCUUAUUGGCAAAUCUCUCAACUUUAUUCGACACAGUUGCGGGGACGCUCUUUGGGUAGAAAAUUAUUCUAAGGCGGCCUCAAAGGAGCUCCGGUACGGUGACACGGCAACCAUCGAGGCAUGGAUCGAUGAGGCCUACAAGACAACUAUGAAGCGGCUCAUGGAUCUAAUGGCCAACAAAUUUCAAUUGUUUGAUCACCUGCAAGCGUUAAAGAACUAUAUUCUGCUUGGACAAGGAGACUUUAUUGCGCUACUCAUGGAGUCUCUGGCUGGCAACUUGGAUCGGCCAGCCGGCGCACAGUUCCGCCACACUCUGACGGCACAGCUCGAGCACGCUAUUCGCGGCUCGAAUGCGCAGUUUGAUUCGCCGGAAGUGCUCCGCCGUCUAGAUGCCCGUAUGCUCCAGCUUUCACAUGGUGACAUCGGUUGGGACUGCUUUACACUGGAGUACAAGAUUGAUGCGCCGGUGGAUGUGGUUGUCACGGAAUGGGGCAACAGACAGUAUUUGAAAGUAUUCAAUUUCCUUUGGAGAAUUAAACGUGUUGAGUUCGCGCUUCUUUCUACAUGGAGACGCUGCAUGACUGGAGCCCGUGGCGUCUUGCAGAACUCGAACAAGGAGAUCACACAGACUUGGAAGACCACACGUGCCGCUCUUGCCGAGAUGAUUCAUUUUGUCGGCCAGUUGCAGUAUUAUAUAUUAUUUGAGGUUAUCGAAUCAUCAUGGGGAGAGCUGCAGAAGCGCAUCCGUAAGGAGGACUGCACUCUUGACGACCUGAUCAAAGCUCACGGCAAAUACUUGGAAGACAUUACGCACAAGGGUCUGUUGGGACCGAAGAAGCGCCACCCGGCGUCCUCUGGUGUUGAGGAGGAUGAGCGCACAUCGUACCUGUCACAGCUUUCGAGCAUGCUGCGCCUGAUGCUCGAGUACCGCGACUCGGUCGACGGUCUGUACAGCUGGAGCGUGUCAGACUUUACUCGACAGCAGGAGGCUAGUGCGCGGAACCGGGCGCGUGGCGGCGGUGCGAUGGACGACGUCGUUUGGCGCGCGUAUGAGCACGCUUCUCGGCGACCUGGCGUACCAGCCGGACGUGGAGAUGCGGUUCCUGGGCGUGGCUAUGAAUUUCAACGACGUGUAUCCGCUACGGAGGAGGUCCAGGCCAGCAGCGACACAGAGCUCGGCAGCUUCGGCGGCAGCAGCAGCUUCCACCAACACGUCGAGGGGUUAGGGCGCGACAUUUUCUCCCUGAUUUUUGGCUGA